UGUCAGCUCUCAAGUGGCUAGCUAGUGGCUAUGUCCUGGCUAUCAGAUACCCUUGGCAAAGUUCGGGAGCAAGGCAGCUCCUUGGUAACUGCGGCGAAGCAAGUCAAACAUCGGCUUACUUCCGAGCAGGGUGAUGCACAGUUGGAGUCACAAGCGCUGGCUGCCGUUGCUGCUGGCCCCAACGCGGUGGAGCAGCUAUGCCAGGCCUGGUCCAGGCAACUCAACACCGCGGCCAGCGUGUCGGGCGGUGAUGGAAUCUCCAAGGAUCACUUUUGGCAAGCCUUGCUUCGAAGUCGAGCUGUAGAGUCACUGCUGGAGGGACAGCAUGCUCAAUAUGCGCAACAUGCCGGUCAAAGUGGCCAAUUCGAUGGGACCGCACUUCGUUUACUGGUGUCACGGGUUCUUCCUGACGAUCACGCAGCGCUCGGACAAGAAUUGGUGACGAUCAUCACAGGCGAACGUGGUGAUCUUGCCAGUGAUGAACACACAAACUUUGCUGCUGAAUUGAUUUCGAGCUCCAAGGUGGACUCUCGUUCUGAGGCGUUGUUUGCUGAGAGCCUUGAGCUGCGGAAAUCUCGAGAGAAGCUGGUGCAGGAGCUACAGAAGCUGAGCUCCGGUGGCGAGUCCUUGGACAGGCCAGCUCGACGUGUUGAAGUAUCUUCUGAACUUCUAGGAAACUUUGAAGCUUCAAAUCAAGGCCUUGAGGAGGCAGGACGACACUGUAUUGCCACUUCUGAGGCUCGCCAGCAGAAGAUCACCAAGCUCUUGGGAGACAUCGAGGCAUAUGCCAUGUCUUUGGAAGGAUCUGAAGGAGUUGGACAGACACAGAAUGCUUUGCAAGACAAGCUCCGAGAAUGUCAUAAUGCGCUGUCAGCGGAACUUGCCAAGAUUGACAAGCAACGCGAGUCCUCAGAUCGUCAAAUCGAGUCGUUGGAAAAUAAGAAGCUGAUGAUUCGCCAAAAGUUACAAAGCCUUGACGACAAGCUUCACUCUGCACGAGAAGUACAGCGCUCGUGUUUUGAACAGCGAGAUCUGUGCAGGAAAGCCGUGGCCGAUGUCGAGGGACAAUUUCGAUCCCAGCUACGUGAGGUCGAAGAGGAAGGACUUCAGGCGAGAAAAGAACAUGAUGCUGCAAAGAAGGUUAGAAGCGCAGCAGUGGAAGCUGAAUCCUUAUCCUCACAAGCUCUGAAGGCAGCUGCAGAUGAGCUUGAAAUGAAGGCUUUGCAAUUUGAUGAUCAUCUUUUGACCGUCUUGAUGGAUCACCUUGAACAAGAAGAACAGAGAAUCCACCAGUUGGCGCGGGAAGCGCAGCACUGCCAACAGGUUGUUCAGAAGCACAAGGCUGAAAUACAGAUGCUGAACGUCAUGGACCGCCCAGCAAAUUCCGUGCUUGACUCACAGGAACACAAGCGUCUUCGGCAAACUGCUGCAGCAGUGGAUGUGGCCUUGAGAGCCUGUGCUACCUUCGUGCGAGACUUCGGUCCUUUCCUUGACAAAGACGCUGAAGCAACAGCUCGUGUUCGCACGUUAGAAUCACAUCAUGGCCAAGUCUUGCAAAAGCUGGCACCAUGCCGCGAAUUUCUGGGAAGUGAUUUGCCAUUUCCAGGACAACCUAGAACAUCAACUCCAACACCACCAGGGCAGUCUCCACAGCAGUCUCCGCAGCAGUCACCAAAGCAGUCACCACAGCAGUCACCUCAGGCAGCUUCACAGCCAGUGUCACCACGCGCAACAUAUGGCAGUCAACCCAACAUGGGACAAAUCUCUCAACCAGUGCAGCAGUCACCGCAGCAGGCGGCAGCUUCACAGCCAGUGUCACCAUCUGCAGCACCAGGCAGUCAACCCAACAUGGGACAAAUCCCUCAACCAGUGCAGCAACCAGUGCAGCAGUCGCCGCAGCAGGCGGCAGCUUCACAGCCAGUGUCACCACAUGCAGCACCAGGCAGUCAACCCAACAUGGGACAAAUCCCUCAACCAGUGCAGCAACCGGCGCAGCAGUCACCGCAGCAGGCGGCAGCUUCACAGCCAGUGUCACCACGUGCAGCACCAGGCAGUCAACCCAACAUGGGGCAAAUCCCUCAACCAGUGCAGCAACCGGCGCAACAGUCGCAGCAGGCGGCAGCUUCACAGCCAGUGUCACCACAUGCAGCACCGGGAAGUCAACCCAACAUGGGACAAAUCCCUCAACCAGUGCAGCAACCAGUGCAGCAGUGGCCGCAGCAGGCGGCAGCUUCACAGCCAGUGUCACCACAUGCAGCACCGGGAAGUCAACCCAACAUGGGACAAAUCCCUCAACCAGUGCAGCAACCGGCGCAGCAGUCACCGCAGCAGGCGGCAGCUUCACAGCCUGUGUCACCAUCUGCAGCACCAGGCAGUCAACCCAACAUGGGACAAAUCCCUCAACCAGUGCAGCAACCGGCGCAGCAGUCGCCGCAACAGGCGGCAGCUUCACAGCCUGUGUCACCACAUGCAGCACCAGGCAGUCAACCCAACAUGGGACAAAUCCCUCAACCAGUGCAGCAACCGGCGCAGCAGUCACCGCAACAGGCGGCAGCUUCACAGCCAGUGUCACCACGUGCAGCACCAGGCAGUCAACUCAACAUGGGACAAAUCCCUCAACCAGUUCAGCAGCCACCGCAGCAGGCGGCAGCUUCACAGCCAGUGUCACCACGUGCAGCACCAGGCAGUCAACCCAACAUGGGACAAAUCCCUCAACCAGUGCAGCAACCGGCGCAGCAGUCACCGCAACAGGCGGCAGCUUCACAGCCAGUGUCACCACGUGCAGCACCAGGCAGUCAACUCAACAUGGGACAAAUCCCUCAACCAGUUCAGCAGCCACCGCAGCAGGCGGCAGCUUCACAGCCAGUGUCACCACGUGCAGCACCAGGCAGUCAACCCAACAUGGGACAAAUCCCUCAACCAGUGCAGCAACCGGCGCAGCAGUCACCGCAACAGGCGGCAGCUUCACAGCCAGUGUCACCACGUGCAGCACCAGGCAGUCAACUCAACAUGGGACAAAUCCCUCAACCAGUUCAGCAGCCACCGCAGCAGGCGGCAGCUUCACAGCCAGUGUCACCAUCUGCAGCACCAGGCAGUCAACCCAACAUGGGACAAAUCCCUCAACCAGUUCAGCAGCCACCGUAGGGAGAUAGGACUCAGGAGUGUGAAGUAUGAACUUAGAGUUGCACGUGUUUUGAUUGCUGAGCAAGCUCUCUGUAGAAAUUUGAUUGCUGAGCAAGCUCUCUGUAGAAAUUUCUCGGACAAAGCAGAACCUGGUAUAGCAACUUGAUGGCGGCCAAGAUUCUUUCAGCGCCUGGAUGUGAAGAGCCUGGACAGUGCUUGUCAGGUGGAGAAUAAGGAGCAGAACAGCUUUCUGCAUCUUUGUGUCCAAGGAAACAUGCCAGAAACAAAAAUUAUGCCAAUCAUGCUUGAUGACUGGAGCAACUUUGGGUAAGGAAAUUGAAGUGGAGCUGUGAGGGUGUCAAGGUUUCACCAGAACACAAUAGGAUCAAUGACUCAAUGACCAAAGGUCAGCGGUUCUGAAGCAUGCAUCAGUCACAGCCUAUUGAUGGAACAAAAAG